UCCGCACCGAACGAACGACAGUUCGCUGCUAGGAAACAUCCUCAGCUUUAUCCAAACGUUUGUUUUGGAAAACAAACCAAACAAAAAGUGUUACAAACAUUUAAUUUUUUUUUACCAUUGGAAGUAGAAAAGAGACAUUUAGAAAUUGAUUGACGUAAAGAAAGAGAAACAAAACUAACACGAGAAAAAUUAGUCUGACGAUGUUUAUCUGCUGAUCGAACAGAGUUCCAAGAAAGUGAACACUUUGUAUUGAGAUUUAUCAAAACAAAGAGCUACACGAAACGAAACGUAGCGGUGAAUCAUCUCAGGUGAUAAGGUUGAAGAAUGGCGCCGCUGAACGCGAAGCGCUACUGCUUUCCAUUAGCCCGGAUUUUGCUGUUGAUUUGCCUGUGCUGCGCCAGCCAUGCCAUCCACUUCGACACCGUCUUUACUGACAAAGUCAUUAUCGACGGACAGCAACAAGUAGUGCGGGCAAAGAGAGACACCCUGGUCAAGCACAAGACGCAACAUCUGAAACCGGCCAUCGAGAUUGAGCCCAUCAACGAAAAGGUCAGAGUGGCCAUGCCUCACUUCAACGUCCAGGAAUUGACGACGUACGCCAAUCAAGCGGCCGCCGCCAUCGCCACCCGUUUCGAUGAAUUCGAGCCAACUCUUUUGGCCAGCAACGAUAGUCGGCUACAAACAUCAAGUGCCGCCUGGUUCAUGGCGGCCUCUCACAAGACCAAGGUUGUGGCUAAAAACAUCUCGCGAAUCGCCCUGAUGGCCGAAGAGACGACCAAAUACAUUGCUCAAGGAUUAAAACUGACCAAGGAGCAAAUCACCUUCGCCCUGCCGACCAUGGACGUCCGCAACACGGUCCUGGCCGACCAGUGCCCACUCGAAGUCGAUUUCCCGUGCCAGCCGCGCAAGUACAGAGCCUACAACGGCUAUUGCAACAACGUGCAGAAUCCUCGGUGGGGCAACGCCAACACCCGCUACCUGCGGUUCCUCCCGCCCGAUUACAGCGACGGUGUCAGCAUUCCCCGCCAGGCGACGGACGGAACAUUCCUGCCCAGCGCCAGAGACAUUUCCCUGGCCGUUCACAAGGAUGUCGACAAUCCGCACCUUCAUCUGACGGCCAUGGCGGCCAUUUGGGGACAACUGGUGCACAACGAUAUCUCCCACACGCCGCAAAUGGCCGGUUUUCUGGGUCAGCGCCUCAGGUGUUGCGGAGUGAAUUUGCAUGAAUUCCACCCCGAAUGCUACCCGAUCCGGCUGCCGGACACGGAUCCCGUCAACGGGCUGAACAACAUCAAAUGCCAAGAAUACGUCAGAUCGGGAACGGCCCCGAGAGUCGGCUGCACGCUCGGCCCCCGAGAGCAAAUCAACCAGGUCACGAGUUUCAUGGACGGCUCCACCAUCUACGGCAGCUCCGUCGAAGAGGCCAACGACUUGAGGCUCUUCCGCUCCGGCUUAAUGAAGACUCAACCCGGCCCUGCCGGCACCAGCAAAGGCCUACUUCCGCCCGACGACAACGUCAUCGACUGCAACACCAAACAUAAGGAUCUCAAGUGCUUCAAAGCGGGAGACGUUCGAGUUAACGAGCAUACAGAGCUAACAGCCCUUCACGUAAUUCUGAUACGUGAACACAACCGUCUAGCCGAGGAAUUGGGCGCCAUAAACCCCCACUGGUCCGACGAGACGCUCUUCCAGGAGGCGCGCCGGAUCGUUGGUGCCGAGAUGCAGCACAUUACCUACUCGGAAUUCCUGCCCGUCAUUCUAGGCCAGACGAUCAUGGAGAAGUACGGAUUGGAGCCGGAAUUGAGCGGUUAUUUCACCGGAUACGACAUCAACAUCAAUCCGGGUGUGGCCAAUUCCGUGGCGGCUUCCGCGCUCCGCUUCGUCGCUUCCCUCCUACCCAAAAAGAUGGGAUUGUAUCGCAACGGAAGGAAAAUCUCCGAACAGAAAAUGGGAUCCUCCUUCUACGCUCCUUUUGAAUUGUACGAAGCCAACGGGCUGGAUGAAAUCAUCGAAGGCCUCGCCCGCACUUUGUCCCAAUCCGAAGAUCCGUCCAUCAAUGACGUCAUGACCAAUCACAUGUUCCAGGACAAACCCGGCACCGCUGGGCUGGAUUUGGCGGCUCAAAUCAUCCAGCACGGCCGUGAUCACGGCAUUCCGGGUUACAUCAAAUGGCGCGAAUUCUGCGGUCUUCCGGCCGUCCAGAAUUUCGACCAACUUAGCGACGUGAUGAAUGGCGCCACGAUCGCUACCUUGAAGAGCAUUUAUCGUCACGUCAACGAUAUCGACUUGUUCACCGGCGGAUUGGCCGAAACUCCCAACGCUGGUGCGGUUGUUGGACGCACUCUUGGCUGUCUCAUCGGCCGUCAGUUUCACUAUCUACGACGUGGAGAUCGUUACUGGUACGAAAACGAACUUCCACCCUCGUCUUUCACUAAAGAUCAACUUCACGCCAUUAGAAAAGUGUCAUUGGCUCGUCUCAUCUGCGACAACAGCGAUUCCAUCAACCAAAUUCAACCUCGAGUCUUCUUGAUCGACGAUCCCUUCUUGAACGCUGACAUGUCUUGCCACGACGGAGUCAUCCCCAAGAUGGACCUUAGCGCAUGGAAAACUGCUUCGCCGCAUUUCGUCAUCCCGGAAACAUUGCUGGAAGAGUCUGUAGUGCGGGCAAAACGAGAGGCCGAGGAUUACCUUACCUUGGAAGAGACCCUACAGUUGACAGCUGCAGGUAAAGGAGCUGAUCCUAAAUCUCCUGUUGGUACGGCUUUUAGCUUCAGCAGACCCAAACGUCAAGCGAGUGCUAUCGCCAACAUUUCACGCGUUCUCCAGUUUGCUUCCAAACGAUUUGUUAACAGCUUCCUCAACCUCGUCAAUCAAAAGGACGUGGAAUCGCAACCGCAGCCGUCUACCCUCCAGGAUUUGAUGAAAGUGUUGCCGAACAUCGACGUCAGUGAAGUCGUCGAUAUCCCCAAAGUGUUCCAGUGCGACGAACAGACCUUGCCUUGCGAUCACACCAGCAAAUACCGCACGAUGACUGGCUGGUGUAACAACCUCAACUUCCCCGAGCUGGGCAAAUCUCUCAGGGCUUUCGUUCGCCUCCUACCACCAAAAUACGAGGACGGGCUAUCCACGAUGCGUGCUACCGCCGUUUCGGGCCGUCCGUUACCUAGUGCCCGCAUGGUUUCGGCUAAUAUUCACAACGACGUUAGCGCCCCGCACACCCGCUAUUCGCUCAUGGUCAUGCAAUACGCCCAAUUGCUGGAUCACGAUCUGACUUUCACGCCCGUCAAUCGCGGCUUUGGUGGUUCGAUUAUCGAUUGCAACAGUUGCGACUCGGCCAAAACCGUUCAUCCGGAAUGCGCGCCCAUCUCUAUACCUCCCAAUGAUCCUUGGUUCCCUCACAUCGAACGCUCUACCGGCCGUCCCAAAUGCAUUCCCUUCACUAGAUCUUUACCCGGUCAACUGACUCUCGGACAUCGUGAACAGUUGAAUCAAGUGACGGCAUUCGUUGAUGGAUCAAGUACCUAUGGCAGUGAUGUUUGCGAGAUGCGCAAACUGCGUGCGUUCGUGGGCGGCCGAUUGAAUUCCACCCGUCAUCCAAUCCGCGGCAAGGAUCUCUUACCUUUAACUGGAGAGCAUCUUGAAUGCAAAUCACCAUCUGGCGUAUGCUUCACUGGAGGAGACACUCGUGCAAGCGAACAGCCUGGAUUGACUUCCAUUCACACAAUCUUCAUGAGAGAACACAAUCGUAUUGUUACUGAGCUCGCCAAAAUCAAUCCUCAUUGGAACGACGAACAGUUGUUCCAGAACGGCCGACGCAUUAUGAGCGCAGAAUUCCAGCACGUAUCGUACAACGAAUUCCUUCCGCGCGUGCUCGGAUGGAAUGCCAUCCAGCUUUACGAACUUAAAGUCCUUACCGAGGGCUAUUACAAUGGCUACGAUGCGACAUGCAACCCCACCAUUUUUACCGAGUUUUCCAGCGCGGCCUUCCGUUUCGGCCACUCGUUGCUCAAAGAACAAUUCAAACGUAUGGGAGCCAAUUUCGUCGAUCGUAAAUUGAAUGUGAAAUUGCGUGACGUAUUCAUGAAUCCAGAUAUCAUCUACCAAGUCGGUAUGAUCGACGAUCUGUUGCGCGGAUUGUUGGGCACUUCCAUGGAAACCAUGGAUCAAUUUAUUACCCAAGAAGUGACCAACCACUUGUUCGAAGAGAGGGCCAAGCCUUUCUCUGGACUCGAUUUGGCAGCUCUGAACAUCCAGCGAGCUCGCGAUCACGGCAUCCGACCUUACAACGAUUAUCGCGCUCUUUGUAACUUGAAACGAGCCAGGACGUGGGAAGAUUUGUCGCGUGAAAUCACGCCGGAAAUCAUUACCCGUUUGAGGCAGACUUACGAACACGUCGACGACAUUGACCUCUUCCCCGGCGGAUUGGCCGAGACAUCCUUGCACGGUGGCCUUGUCGGUCCAACUUUCGCCUGUAUUAUUGCUAUGCAAUUCCGACAGCUGCGGAAAUGCGAUCGUUUCUGGUAUGAAAACGGUGAUCCAUUGAUCCGAUUCACAGAAGCUCAAUUAGCUGAGGUCCGUAAAGCAACGGUGUCCAAAUUGAUAUGUGAUAACUCUGAUGGAAUUGACACCACCCAACGAUCAGCUUUCGAUCAGAGCGAACCAUUCUUGAAUCCCCGUGUGCCUUGUCGGUCUUUGCCGUCGAUCGAUUUGGAAUUAUGGAAGGAACGAGUUUCGUGUACCGUAGGAUCAACCAACAUUGAAGUCGGAAAGGCGGAUCGAAUUUCCCCUUGCGUCAUGUGUACUUGCACAAGAGAAGGACCCAUUUGCCAGUCAUUGAAGGUAGUCAACUGUUUCCAAUUGGCUCAGACUUUUAGCCCGGCCGCGAUUUUGAACGAUCACGUAUGUAAAGUGCAAUGCGCAUUUGCUUUCCGAGCCUUCCCGCAAGUCGCUGCGGCGCAAGAUCCCAAUCAGCUCGGUUUCAGUUAAAUCUUCUGUACGCUGACGGAAAACUGAGGGGGGAGAAAAAAAUAUGACAACAACAUCAACGCAAAAAGAAGAGAACCCCCUCUACACUUGUUUUGGAUUUAUGAUAAGAAAUUUGUAUAAUCAUCGGUGCUACGAUUUCGAAAUGUCUUUUUUUCGGUCAGUAAUGUAAUAAUUGGGAAAUCUUGAAUACGCUGGACGUCUGUAUAAACAGUUUUUGCCAACUUUUAUUUGAAUCAUAUCAAUGACUGACUUUCUUUCAUCACCUCGACUUGGGUGUCUGUAAAUUAGGCGCAGUCGCAAGUCAGGAUUUGAUGCUUUCUACAUUUGGACUCGCUGCUGAUGCAAAUCUAAGCGGAUACGCAAGGCGAUCCUCUUAUCUAAAUAUAUACUUAAUGCUUGGCCACUUUGCUGGCCGUGGCAUUGCAUCUUGUGGUAUGAUGAGUGAUGACCUGCUAAUUAUGUAAGAAACAAAUAUAAAAUGUAAAUUGAA